AUGCCCGCGCCGGCAGCAAACAAGCGCGUCAAGAACAAGCGCAUCUCGCGCAACAUAAUAAUCGGCUCUGAGGCCUGGGCUCUUCCACCGCUGGGCCACCCCGACCGCCCAAAAGGCAUCCCCGACGACCACACCAAGCGCUGGACCGUCUACGUGCGCCAGCCGGAGGGCGACCCGUCCCUGUCAACCUGGCUCAACAAGGUUCAAUUCAAGAUCUUCAACACGUACGAGAAUCCCCUGCGGACAUGCGACAACCCGCCCUUCGAGGUUACAGAAACAGGGUGGGGAGGCUUCAGCAUCGACAUUCGGCUGCACUUUCAGCCCAUAUCCGGCGAGAAGGCGCAGUACAGACAGCACUUUUUGCAGCUGGAGAAGUACGGGAGUGAGGAGCAGCAGGCGCAGCAAGAGCGAACGGGCUGCGUGCGGAGCGAGUUCCUUGAAGUCGUGCACUUCAACGAGCCGACCGAGGCCCUGUUCGAUGCCUUGACUGCCGAGGACCAGUGGGCGCACCUCGUCCCGAGCAAGUCCUCGUCAGGGAGCAAGAAAGCCAGUCUCGGCGCAAAUGGGCGCUUGAAACGUGGACUGCCGAACGGAGAGCGCAGCGCCCAGCUUCCAGAGAAGGGAGGGGAUGACGUGCCGUUCAGCCAGGAGCACGAGCAAGGUCUGAUCGACUCGCUGAUGGCUAAGAUCGCCCAAGUCGACCGCGAACUCGAGAAAGAGACUGCGCGCCGCGAGAAGACGGAGAACACGCUCAAGGCGCUAAGAGAGGAGCUCGGGCACGAAGCAGCGCAGCAGGCGGCGCAGCAAGCUUCUGGCGACCGGAGUCGCAGGCGGUGA